GGUUCUCUCUAACUGCAGUUGAAUCUUAGAGAUAAGUACAAUCAGCUGAUGUUUCAUCUUCAACAGUAAUGCGCGAAAGAAAACAGUAAAAUACGUCAAAAAUGUGUUGUUGUUGCUGUUGCUGCAGUGAUUUUCUUGGAGAAAAGAUGGAAAGUUGCAUCAUUUCAUUUCUAGAAAAAAGGUAUCCUGGACUAGGGCUUAGAGAGAUAGUUAGACUUCUACAGCUAGUCAGUGAAAAAAUAGAAGAGCACUCACACAAUCUAAAUAUUGAAGAAAAGAAAGACGAGACUGAUUUAAAAAGAAAUGAGAUUGAGAUUAACCAAGAUGAUGGAAAAUGGAGACCUGUUCUUCUUACACUUGGACUCAUGUACAAACUCCAGCAAAUGCUGGAUGAUUCCUGGUUUGAUACUGAUCAGGUCUUUGUUAAAGAAGAGGAGAAACGUGACAAACUAAUCAAUGUUUUCGGAUUCUACUGGAACUAUUUGUUUAAAAUAUCCUGGGUGCUGGCUACUCAUGAGAAAUCAGUUGAAGAACAUCAGACCAAAAUUCUAGAAUCUGUAAAUUCUAACGAGAUAGAGAUGGUUUUAUUCCAUGUGAAGGAUGCAACAACCCUUGAAGAUCAAGCUCCAGAUACAGCUCUGAUCAUUCAUCAUGAUAGGCAGGAAAUAGUUUUGACCAUCUGCGGAACCAAGAUAACCCCUGCUCCCAGUAUGGGUGAUAUUAUGCUUGAUCUUCAUUGUGAUUCUAUAGAAUAUCUUGAAGGAAAAGCCCACGAAGGAAUAGCUAUAGCUGCUGAAAAUGUUUUGAAAAUAUUUCAAGAGGAUCUGAUAAACACAGCAAGAAUGUAUCCUGGUUACAGUUUAAUCAUCAUUGGAUACAGUCUAGGUGCUGGAGUAUCUCAUCUUGUAUCAAUCAACCUACUCCAGAACAACCUACUUCCAAGCAGUGUUAAACUUUACUGUAUAGCAUACGGUGCACCUCCAGUGUAUAGGUCUUCUAAUAUAUCCUAUUCUCAUCCAAACAUAUUCAAUGUUUUACACAAUACUGAUGGUCUUCCUACCUUAUCAUUACAUAAUGUAACAAAGCUAUUCCUUCAAAUUCGAGCAAUUGACAAACUCAAGUUGAAACGAAGAAAAAUACUCUCUCUUCUCAGGUAACAAUAGAAACUCCUCCUUCUAGUUUGUUUAAACCCUUU